AUGAAUCCCCUACAUCACACACCAUGUAACCCCUACAACACACCAUCUGCCCCAGAUGACACACCAUCUGCCCCCUACGACACACAAUCUACCCCCUACGACCCACCAUGUAUCCCCUACAACACACCAUCUACCCCCUACAACACACCGUCUGCCCCCUACGACACACCAUCUCCCCCCUACGACACACCAUCUGCCCCCUACGACACACCAUCUGCCCCCUACGACACACCAUGUAUUCCCUACAACACACCAUCUGCCCCCUACGACACACCAUGUAUCCCCUACAACACACCAUCUGCCCCCUACAACACACCACCUGCCCCCUACAACACACCAUGUAUACCCUACAACACACCAUCUGCCCCCUACGACACACCAUGUAUCCCCUACAACACACCAGCUGCCCCCUACAACACACCACCUGCCCCCUACAACACACCAUGUAUCCCCUACGACACACCAUCCUCCUCUACGACACACCAUCUGCCCCCUACGACACACCAUCUGCCCCCUACGACAAACCAUCCUCCUCUACGACACACCAUCUGCCCCCUACGACACACCAUCCUCCUCUACGACACACCAUCUGCCCCCUACAACACACCAUCCUCCUCUACGACACACCAUCUGCCCCCUACGACACACCAUCUGCCCCCUACGACAAACCAUCCUCCUCUACGACACACCAUCUGCCCCCAACAACACACAAUGAAUCCCCUACAACACACACCAUGUAACCCCUACAACACACCAUCUGCCCCCUACGACACACCAUCUGCCCCCUACAACACACCAUCCUCCUCUACGACACACCAUCUGCCCCAAACAACACACCAUGAAUCCCCUACAACACACACCAUGUAA